CCGAUCGCCAAUCUCAAGACCCGCAAAUGGAAAAAAAAAAUAAUGAAAAAAUAGAAAUGAAAAAGAACCCAAACCCAACCCAACCAGUGUCUAAUUUGGAAGGUUCAAUUCAACUGAAAAGGAAAAUUGAAAAAAAAGAAAAAAAAAUUAGGGCUCAUUACUACAAGCAAGACAACACAAAUCCAAGUACUCGGUACUGUCACUUCAACACUCUCCUGAGCUUGCCUUGCCUUCGACUUUGGUUUUUCCCUCUCUCUCUGAAGCAGGAACUUCCAAAUUAUAUCCCAUUUUGCUAUAAGUUGCAUUGUCCUGCAGGAGAGUCUGGCUUGGAUCUUUAUACUGCAGCAGAGUCUGGCUUGAAUCUUUUACUAUAUCUGCUUUCUGAUAGGAGGGCCAAUAAGGACAUGUCUUCUGAUACUGCAAGAGAAAAUGCAUCUGUAGUUGAUUCAUCAGCGACUGAAUGGAAAAAUGAUGUGGGAAAUUCAGAUGAUCCAGAGAAUGAGGAUGGCUAUCCCUUUAGGGGACAAGAACCACGGCAUUCCCACAUGGCAGAAAAAAGGGGCAGAUUGUGUAAUACAAGAUAUUUCAUCAUUAAGAGUUUGAACCACCAAAAUAUUCAAUUGUCGAUUGACAAAGGAAUUUGGGCGACUCAACUCAUGAAUGAACCAAUUCUGGAAGAAGCUUUUCAUAAUUCUGGUAGAGUUAUUUUAGUAUUUAGUGUCAACAUGAGUGGUUUCUUCCAAGGGUAUGCCCAAAUGAUGUCUUCUGUUGGAUGGAGGCGAGAUAAUGUUUGGAGCCAAGGAAGUGGUAAAGGUAAUCCUUGGGGCCGGAGUUUUAAGGUCAAAUGGCUUUGCUUAAAUCACUUGCCUUUCCAAAAGACUCUACACCUUAAGAACCCAUUGAAUGACUACAAACCUGUCAAAAUCAGCAGAGACUGCCAGGAAUUACCUCAAGAUAUAGGGGAAGCUCUAUGUGAGCUCCUUGAUGGGAGUAAUGAUGUGGAUGGCUCACUUAAAAGGGAUGAUCUACCUUCAAAGAGGCCUUGCAUAGAACCACCAUAUUCUUUAGGAGAUGAAGAUUAUAAUGUGCCUUCGCUGCAUAUGUCUUGGGCCGGUACACCCAUGCCUUAUCAUCCCUUCCUCUAUCAACAUCAAGCUGACGUGAGUAGAUUUCAUUUAACACAUCCACAUACUUUGGCUACUGAAUACUUUCCUACUACCACGGGAGCAUCAAAAGUUGCAAAAAGUCCUCAUGCUAGUACCUUGACCGACGAUGAUUUUCUUGAAAUGACGUAUGAAGAAUACCUUGAAGCCCAUGGCCGAACCAGCAAACACUUAUGCCGUUCUGUGACUGCACCAUCUCGGACAAUGCUGGAGUCAACAAGUAGAAAGCAUGUUGAUGAUUCAAGCUCAAGUUUGGUAACAGACCGGCACCACUCUCGCAAAAGGACGCAUAACUCAUCCUAGAUUGUUUCCAGCUCCAGCACUGAGAGAUGCAUGGUUUUUUCUCUUGCUCACUUUCAUCUGGUGGAGCUCAAAUUCACUGCAAUGUGGUCAUUGAGUGAAGUAAAUUUGUUCUAAUCCGAUAGUUAAGAUACAAUUCAGACACAUAAUGUUGUCAUGUUGUACACAUUUAUGUACUCUAUUCUAUGAACUGAAUAUCGUAUUUUUACAA